CGUUGAUACGAUUUGUUCCGCAUCGAUUAUGCCCACCAUAUAUCCUUUCACUUUUACUGCUAGAAAUUUCUCAACCAGCGAACAGACGGCAGGACUUCUUCGUCCAGAACUCGAGAAGGGCACCAUCACACCUCACGAUUUCCAAGCUGCCGUCGACUUCUAUCCUGGAGGGCACCGAACAUACUUCUUCAAAGGACUAGCCGCAGGCGGGGCAGGCUUUGUGGCGUAUGACGUGCUCAGACCAGUUCGAGCGAAACCACGCAACAUUCUCGCGUCCAUCGCUACACUUGCCGGGGGAGGUCUUCUCGGCCUAUACUUCUCCUUCCGCGCGCAUCUCCAGUUCGUCAACUCUCUGCACGAUCGAGCUGGGUUCUGGCGUGCACUCGAGAACGUGAAUACUCUCGUCGGUGGGCCGCACAUCAGACCGCUUGGUCUUCCCACCGGUGCUGAACGAGAGAGCACUCAGGAAGUGGGUAAGGAGGACAUACGGUGGCUUGAUUUCUUUCGUAUCUCGAACGAUCCUAUGAGAAGUGGGAAGAUCUUUGCCGCGCGAGGCGAUCACAAUACAGUACCGGCGCCGGAUCCAUCUAGCACUGAAACGUAAGGUACUUCUGUACGCUCACGCUCUUACGAAUGACCAAUUGGUGCGUGCGCAAACGCAU